AUGGACGAGGCAGAUCUCGACCUUGUUUGCACGAAGACGGGCGAUAUCGAGGACCUGAGCACUUCUGCCUCGGAUUGUGACGGUAAGCUCGAGUCGAUCAAGGAGAGUCCUGCGGUGCCUUCGCUCCAGGUGCGACGCAUGCUGCAAAGUUUGCUGCCCGCACGCAACAGCCUCGACAUUCCGCUUGAGAUGGUGGCUCGCCUGGAGCACUUGGUGGAGCUGGCAGAUCGGGAUGUCACGGAGGUGAAGAGUGGCCCGGCAUUUCAACGUGCCCGUGGCGCUGAACUCGUGGCAGUCAUGCGCCGAGAUGCCGAGAAGGCGAAGGACUAUGCAAAGCGGCAUGGUGUGGCAAACUGGUACACUUCUGUGGAGGACCUCCUGGCGGAUCCGAAAGUGACUGCCGUUUACGUUGCCACGCCUCCGGGAUCGCGGCUCGAAAUCGCCAAACAGGUUGCCGCGUCCGGCAAGCCGUGUUAUAUGGAGAAGCCCAUGGCGCGCAACGUCACGGAGUCCUUGCAAGUCGCAGAGCCGUUCAAGGAGGCUGGUCGUCCGCUCUUCGUGGCGUACUAUCGCCGAGCAUACCCGCGGUUUGUUCGGCUGCGAGAGCUGCUGACCUCGAGCCAGCUGGGGACCAUCACUGCAGUGCACUACAGGCUGCAGAAGCCUCCAGCGACGGAGCACGCCGGCUGGCGCUUCGAUGUCGCCAGCUCGGGGGGUGGGCUCUUCGUGGAUAUUGGCUCCCAUGUGCUCGAUCUGCUGGACUUCCUGGUGGGACCGUUGCGGAAUCUUCGCGGAGUCGCCAGUCGCGCAACUGGAGCGAAGAUGUCGGUGCCAGAGGAUGGUGUAGUGUUGAGCUUCGAGUGCGCCGAAGACGCGAUUGGCUCGGCUUCGUGGAGCUUCCGCGCGCCCGAAAGCUGCGACCUCCUGGAGAUUCUAACGGCCACUGCCAAGGUUAGCCUCCCCGAUUUGAUGAACGGCAGCCGCAUCUCCGUGACUUAUGCUGAUGGCACAGCAUCGGAGACUUGGGACAUUCCUCCGCCGGCGCCAGCAGUGCAGGAGCCCUUGAUUCAAAGCGUUACGGAUGCCAUUCUGGCCGGGAGCCCUGAGCUUUGCUCCAGUACCGCGGACUCAGCACUUCGCACUGCCCGCAACAUCGACGGUGCGCUGGAAAGCUUCUACAACGGCCGAGGAGAUGCAUUCUGGGAGAGGCCAGAAACCUGGACUGUUAACAAGCGGCCCAGGCAGAGGCAGGGGUAG